UUAACUGCACCAUAAGCCUACUAAAAAAAAAAUUGAACUUUAUUUUGUUGUGAAAAUUGAGGUUAGAUUUAGCUUCAAUUCAAAAUAAUUCAGCAAAUUGACACUAUGAAUUAGUAUGAAAUUAUGAAUUAACUUAAACGGGAACGAAAAAGAGACAAUGGCAUUAUUGGGGGCUCAGCUUGUAAUAACUUUGAUCAUGGUAUCAGUUAUACAGAAAUUGGGCAAUUAUUCGUUCGCGAAGUGGUUGCUGUGCUCUCAGGGCUUAUACCGGUAUUUGUAUCCGGACAAUAAUGAGUUGAAGAAUUUGGCUGGGGUUCCUAAAGAGAGAUCUAAGGGGAAAAAAGGCGGUAAAUAUGAGAGUAACGGUAAACCGGAGACAUUUCACGUGCCUAGAAGCUUGGAAAUCCAAUUGGAAACUGCACCGGUUACUGCGCUGGACGUGGUACAUUUGAGAUUCUACACAGAAUAUCUUUGGAUUGUUGAUUUUUCAUUGUAUACAGCCAUAGUAUACAUUAUGUCUGAGGUUUACACCUCAAUAUUUCCAUUAAAAGAUGAGUUCAAUUUGAGCAUGGUCUGGUGUCUUCUCGUUAUUUUGUUUUCAAUUAAAAUCUUGUUAUCGCUUACCAAACAAUAUUUCACAAGUGAUGAAUCAAUUGGUGAACGAUCAACAUGCAUUGUCGCAUUCUGCGUUUUCCUCCUCAUAGCCAUGAUGGUACUGAUCGUAGAUGAAAAAAACUUGGAAGUUGGUGUGGACCCUGCUUAUGACAGCUUUUUUGAAAAUGCUUCUAAGUUUCUCGAUAGUCAAGGCUUGAGUUCUGUUGGUCCAGCAUCCAAGCUUGUGAUAAAGUUUGCUUUUGCCGUGUGGGCUGCGAUCAUUGGUACCAUAUUUACAUUUCCGGGAUUCAGAGUCUCCAGAAUGCAUUGGGACUCACUGAGGUACUACGGAGAAAACAAAAUAAAGUAUUUGUUGCUAAAUUUUAAUUUUGCUCUGCCGUUCAUACUUGUACUGUUGUGGGUGCGUCCAAUUACGAGGCACUACCUCACAGCUCGAGUAUUCAGCGGGAUGGAGAAACCUUUAAUGACGUCGCAGGCCUUCGACACCCUGCGCAUCGUGCUGGUGGUGUGCGCGGCGGCGCUGCGCGUGGCGCUGAUGCCGCGGCAGCUGCAGGCCUACCUGGACAUUGCACAGCGGAGGCUCGACGUGCAGAAGAAAGAGGCCGGCAGGAUAACCAAUAUCGAUUUACAGAAAAAGGUCGCCUCGGUGUUCUACUACCUGUGCGUGGUGGCGCUGCAGUACAUCUGCCCCGUGAUCAUGAUGCUGUACUUGGCCCUGAUGUACAAGACGCUGGGCGGCCACGCGUGGACCAGCCUGCUGUACGAGGCGCCCCCCGCCGCGCCCCUCCCCGCGCCCCCCGCCGCACCCCCCGCCGCCCCCGCAGGCGCGGAGCAAUACCAGCUGGCCUGGGAAAACCUGAAGAUGGUGUUCACGGCGGAGGUGUGCCGCGGAGUGCUGGGCUUCGCGACGUGGUGGUGCAGCUUCGCGUGGUUCGUGACCACCGCGCUGGGAGCCGCCUACCAGAGUUACUUCAGGAUCUCCUGAUGCUGAUGCUGCUAUCUGUAUUCGUUUUAAAUUAUAUAUGUAGUUUUCUAGUCGAAGAUCAUUGUGGGACAUUACCCUGAAGUGGCCAAAGCAUGUGUUGUGAUUUUAGAGACGAAUGUUGUGUUAACGUUAGCACUCCAAGGAAAUUUCUCGGUACAAUUAUGUUGAUACGACGCACACCAUCUCGUGUCUGACGAUAUCCGCAAGGAUCAGCCUUCACCCAGUUUUGACUUUGUAAUUAACUGUUCUUAUCUAUUAAUAUUACUUGAAAUUUGCAGUAGGUAGUACUUGAAGCCAUACUUACAAUAAAUAAAUAAUAAAAGACAUCAUUAGGUUUAAAGUUUGCUGAAACAUUUUACCGGAGGAAACUGAAUCUAAGAUAUAAGAAGGUUUUUAAAUGUAAAAUAAAAACAAAAUAUAACAAAAAAUUAUGCAAAAAAGUAUCUUGGUCAGUGGCCACUGAUGCUCAUGAACUUCACAAAUAUGAAUAGCCAACACAUCGUGGAUUCAGAGCUACUUUACAAUAAUAACUAAUAAUAAUAACUUAUUAUUAUGAAUAUAAUUACCAACAAAGCUUGAGAAAUCUGCAUUUCAAUGUUAAUAGUAAAGUUAUUCAGAGCAUGUGACAAUUGGUGAUAACAUAAAUAUAAAAAAGUUAAAGAAAAAGUCCAUGUUAUGUACAUGUCAUGUACAUAUAUAUUUUGAUGUACAGCAAACUAAUUUUUCACAGGUUGGCUUUCUCUGGAAUGAUUUUUCAACAUUGAUUAUUAUAUCAUUUUAAGUUCUGAAAUAAUAGUAAGAUAUUAUUCUUAUGUAUGUACAUUAAAAAAAGUACCUUUAAUUUGAUUAUAGUUAUUAUAUUUAUGGAUUGUAAUGGUGUGAGUUUGAAUUCAAAUUUCUCGACAGAAAGUUCGGGUGUCAUGAGUACUGUUGACCUGUGUCAUGAAUAAUAUUACAAUGAAACAAUAGUUGAUAAUUUAUUCAAUGGGUUUUUUACUCGUCGUUUAAAAUUAUGUUAAAAUCAAUGACAUCUUAAGAUUUAAAUCAGCUUUACAAAUUUAUAUACUGUGUUUUAAUUUUAAUAAAUAAUGUAAGACAAAUUACACCCAGUCAAGCGUCCUGUAGGGCUCCCUUUACUACGGGAACCGAUACAUACUUAUACUUUUUUUUUUGCUUAGAUGGGUGGACGAGCU